UCAGGAAUCCUUUUCCCUCCUGUCUGAGUAGGCAUGAGCAACCAACCGCGAAACAAAACGUAUUUCAGGUGGUUUUGUGAGAAAAGGCUGUCAUCACGCGAAUGACAUGUCAGACUCAAAACAACACUUCUCAGCUGAUUCGAAACUGCGCUUAGUCACUUCCUGUUCAAACCCUUUCGAUUUCAGACUGCGCAGUAGGCUACCCUAAGCUGUUUGUCUCGCCUAUUGUAUGUCUUUACAGUGUAAAGCUAAGUAACGUUUACACGAGGGUAAAAGUCUUUUAGGAUAGGCGCAAUGCUGCCCCUCUUUUCAGUGGAGACAUGGACUCUUCUGGUGCUGUUUUUUACUCUCUUCAUUUUAUAUGGAACGUGGCCAUAUGGGUAUUUCAAAAACUUGGGUAUUCCUGGACCUCGACCAUGGCCCUUCAUGGGGUCCCUAGGAUCAAUGAUCAUGCAGGGCUUUGUUAAUUUUGACAAACAGUGUCACCAGAAAUACGGAAGAGUUUGGGGGAUGUUUGAGGGAAGAUCCCCGAUGCUGCUUGUGACCGAUCCUGCCAUUAUAAAGGCAGUUAUGGUCAAGGAAUGUUACUCAACCUUCACCAACAGACGGAAAGCUGUUCUGAAUGGACCCAUGGCUGAUGGAAUAACCGCUGUGGAGGACGAGCAGUGGAAGAGGAUCCGCAACACCCUCUCCCCAACCUUCACCAGUGGACGAAUGAAAGAGAUUUUUCCAUUAGUGACAAUGUAUGCUGACCGGCUAAUGGGGUAUCUGAGAAAACAAGACUUAAAAGAAGCUGUUAACAUUAAAGAUUUCUUUGGCUUAUACAAUAUGGAUGUCCUUGCUAGUUCAUCAUUCAGUGUGGAGACAGAUGCCAUCAACAACCCAAAAGAUCCCUUUAUUGAAAAUGUAAAGAAAGUGAUGAGUUUCAGUUUUUCCAACCCCAUAUUUCUUAUUGCGAUUCUAUUUCCUGGUUUGGGCCGCUAUCUGGAGAAAAUGGGCUUCUCAAUGUUUUCCAAAACUCUCAUGGACUACUUCUACACUGCACUCAAGAAGAUGAAGGACAAGCACCAGGAGGAGGACAAUGGCCAUGGGAGAGUGGACUUCCUGCGGCUCAUGAUGCGCUCUCAAAUCACCGACGAGGAGGCGGCGAAGAGUAACGAGGAACAACCAGUUAAAGGACUAACCGAGCACGAAAUCCUCUCCCAAUCGUUCAUCUUCAUCUUGGCGGGAUAUGAGACGACUAGUGUAACGCUCUCCUCUGUGGCCUACAACAUAGCCACCAACCCAGAAGUAAUGCAAAAGCUUGUUGAGGAGAUCGAUUCAGUGUUCCCCGACAAUGCACCCAUCACCUAUGACAAGCUGAUGCACCUGGAGUAUUUGGACAUGGUGAUCUCGGAGUCCCUGCGCGUGUGGCCUCCAGCGCCACGUCUGGAGCGCAUGUGUAAGCAGACCAUCGUCAUCGAUGGCAUCACCAUCCCCAAGGGCACUCUGGUGGCCAUCCCGGCCCUCAUCCUGCACCAGGACCCCGACAUCUGGGAGUCACCGGACAAAUUCAACCCCGAGAGGUUCAGCAAAGAGAACAAGGACAGCAUCAACCCGUACGCGUACAUGCCCUUCGGCCUGGGACCCCGCAACUGUAUCGGCAUGAGAUAUGCACUCCUGCUCAUGAAGCUGAUUCUGGUGCGCGUCCUGCAGAACUUCACCAUGGAGAGCUGCAAAGAGACGCAGAUACCAGUGGAAUUAGAUGGAAUGUAUCGUCCGAAAAAGCCCGUCAUGCUCAAGUUUGAACCAAGAUCAACGAAUCAACAAAUCAACGAAUCAGUGAAGGCGAAUUAAACCACACUCACCACCACCUUCAUAAUCGCUUUUGUGGAAUGAGAACAGCAACAGCAGCUCAACAAGAAUAAGAUGACAUUGUAACAAAAACAACAAACUUUGUUCUUGGAGUGUAGUUGUGGUCUAACUAUUCUGGCAUGCUUACACUAAUCACCUCUCCAAUUACUCCAAUGGUAUGUUAAAUUAGAUUAAUCUAAUCAUUACUUAAGUAAAAGUACAAGGCAGCAAAUGCAGUUAAGCAUCUAAUCAAAAGGGCAAAUAGCAGACGUGCAAUGAGUUACUGAUCAAAACAGUAUUUACAGAUUGAGUGGUGUUAGUAAUAUGUACCCACCAUUCAGGGGUGCAUUUCUGGAAAGCAUAUAACUACGUGAGCUACUUUGUUGGUUGCAAUGUAAUUUCCCAUUGGCAACUAUCCAAGUUGCUAACUGCUAACUGCUUCGCUCUCCAGAAAUGCACCACAGAUUUCUUGCGUGACUGACUUGGUAGUGAGGAGCAGGCAUCUAGUAGCUUUGCCAACACUGAAAACAGAGCGACUUUAUUCAAUUAAGCGCUUUUUUGCUGUUGUUUUGCAGGUUCAUUUUGUGAAAUUAUGGUGUUUUUGGUCUUAAAUUUCCUAUGAAAUAAUUUCCAAAUGACAAUAUUGACUUGCCUUUGACAAGUGUUUUAUACAGUAUGUACACUCGCCUCCAAAAGAGUUGUCGCCUAUCCAUCUGUUUGGAAUAACAGCUAAUAACCUGACUUUCAAUUAAUCACUUUGCUUCAGAAGUCCCUCAUAUGAAAGCUACAACCCUCCCGAAUGAAAAUGUAUGUAAAAAAAUAAAUUUCAUGCA